AGCAAUAGAAAAAUUGAUAAACUAAUUUUUUUGUUUAACACUUACAACGACGGCCCGGCAGUGCGGUGUGCUCAGUGCGUGAUAGACAGAGACAGCCAGCUUGAUCCAUACAUAGUUAUAGCUCGAUCGCGUUAAGCCCCUUAGUCGAAUUUUUUUAACCAGUUUUAGCGAAAUCGUCUUGCCGAAAAAUGUUGCGUACUCUGUCACGCGUUAGCGAACUCCCACUUAUUGUUAAGCAAUUGCAAAAAAAUGCAGCACAGGCUGGCGUGGCCAAAACCAACAACUAUGCCACGGAGGCUACGGUGCAAGUGAAUCGCCCCUUCAAGCUGCAUCGCUUGGACGAAGGACCGGCCACCGAAGUAAAACUGACCAAGGAUGAGGCGCUCAAGUACUAUACACAAAUGCAGACGAUCCGACGCAUUGAGACGGCGGCCGGCAAUCUCUACAAGGAGAAGAUCAUUCGUGGCUUCUGUCAUCUGUAUUCCGGACAGGAGGCCUGCGCUGUUGGCAUGAAGGCGGCCAUGCGGGAUGUGGACAACAUCAUUUCCGCAUACCGUGUCCAUGGCUGGACAUAUCUGAUGGGCGUCUCGCCCAUCGGUGUUCUUGCCGAGCUGACUGGCGCCCAGAGUGGCUGUGCCCGCGGCAAGGGCGGCUCCAUGCAUAUGUAUGCCCCGAAUUUCUUCGGCGGCAAUGGCAUCGUUGGCGCCCAAGUGCCACUCGGCACUGGCGUGGGUCUGGCCUGCAAGUACAAGGGCAACGGCGGCAUGUGCCUGGCCCUCUACGGCGAUGGUGCCGCCAAUCAGGGUCAGGUGUUCGAGGCCUACAACAUGGCUUAUCUGUGGAAGUUGCCCGUGAUCUUUGUCUGUGAGAACAACAACUAUGGCAUGGGCACCAGCUCGGAGCGUGCCUCUUGCAACACGGACUACUACACCCGCGGCGAUGCCUUGCCCGGCAUCUGGGUGGACGGCAUGGAUGUGCUGGCCGUGCGCAGUGCCACAGAGUUUGCCAUCAACUACGUGAACACCGUCGGGCCCCUGGUCAUGGAGACGAACACGUAUCGGUACUCGGGCCAUUCCAUGUCUGAUCCGGGCACCUCGUACCGUACCCGCGAGGAAAUCCAGGAGGUGCGCCAAAAGCGUGAUCCCAUCACCUCCUUCAAGGAAUUGUGCAUUGAGCUGGGUCUCAUCACCACCGACGAAGUCAAGGCGAUCGAUCUGAAGGUGCGCAAAGAAAUCGAUGAGGCCACUGCCUUUGCCAAGAGCGAUGCCGAGCUGGCUGUCAGCCAUCUCUGGACUGAUGUGUCCUCAAAUAAUUUGGAGCCCAAGCUGCGCGGCACCAACAGCUUCAAUCUGGAUCACAUCCAGGAGCGCAAGGGUGUCAAUCACUAGAUCUGCCGAAACCACCACCCUCCUCAAACGCUAACGCAAACGCAAACACACAAGACACAUAACACUCACGAAAUCUCUAGCUCUUAAGCCGAAAGAUGGAAUAGCCCCUGGCCUUUAGUAGAGGCUCCUUCAAGGAGUCUCCCCCCCACAACUUAGCGAAUCGAAGCACAUACCCACACACACAGAACCCCCAAUACUCACCCUGGAAGAUAGUUGGGGGAAAAACUGCAUUGGAUAUUAUUGGAUGUAUUGUGAACGUGUUCAAUAUGGAUAAAGCGAGGUGUAAAUUGUUGAAAAUAUACAUAUAAAUAUUAAUUGA